UUAAUUCUCACGUGAGAUGGCACAUUAUUUUGUAACAACCUAACCUAAGAUUCAUAUCCACUUGGCGUGCGUUAAAUCGUUUUAUGAUAAAGGAAAUUAUUGUAAAUAACUUUUUUUAAAAGCACACUCACAAAAUGCCAGUGGAUUUAGGUUUUGUUGAAAAAUGUGAACCUUGGCGAUUGGAAAGUAGAUUUUUUCCAAGUAAAGUAGGUGGUAGACCAGCCUGGUUAAAUUUAAAAAAUAUACCUAGAAAGGAGGAUCUUGAAUGUGAAUAUUGUAGAAGUCCUUGCAUUUUCCUAUGUCAAAUUUAUGCUCCAUACGAAGAAGAUAAUGAUGCAUUUCAUAGAACGUUGUAUGUAUUUAUAUGUAAAAAUCCAAGUUGUUGUAAAACAAAUGAAAAUGGGAAUUUAAAGGUUUUGCGCUCCCAACUAAAUAGAUUUAAUCCAUUCUAUCCCUCCGAACCACCCGUAGAAGAAGAAAACUGGAAAACGGAUAUUUGUAUCGAUACUUGGUGUAAAACUUGUUGUGUUUGUGGAAUUGCAGCACCGAAUCAUUGUUCAAAAUGCAAAAUUGUAAAUUAUUGUUGUCGUGAUCAUCAAAUCUACGAUUGGAAACAGUAUCAUAAACAUAAUUGUGGUAAUAAUGUGAAUAUAAGUAACAGUUUUCUAUUUCCCGAAUAUGAACUAGUAAUAGAGACCGAAGAAAGUACAAACGAAGAUGAUGACGAUUGUAGCGAAGUAGAAGAAAAAGAAAUGGCAAAAUACAAAUCUAUGACACAACUUAAAGAAACAGGAUUCUUUCAAACUGAGAAAGAUACAGAAGAUUUAUCAAAAAUGGCCAAUGCGGAUGAAGAUGAAGUAUUUGCCUUAUUUCGUACAAGAAUUGAGCAAAAUCCAGAACAAGUCUUAAGGUACGAACGAAAUGGACAAAUUUUGUAUAUUUCAGGUAAUACAAAAAUUAAAGAUGUUCCAAAAUGUUCUCUAUGCGGUGCAGAAAGACAAUUUGAGUUUCAAAUCAUGCCUCAAUUGUUGAAUUUCUUUAAUUACAAAGAUGUUAUUAAUUCUAUAGAUUGGGGGAUACUUGUUAUAUUUACUUGUAAAAAAUCUUGUAUGCCAAAAGAAGAAUAUGCAAUGGAAUAUAUAUGGAAGCAAGAUAUUUUAUCAGAUAAGGUUGACAAUUCGUUAAAAAAUAAAAACGAUUCUACAAAUUACAUAUAUUGUUUAGAUACUUUACCUUUACCAAAUUUAUAUACACGAAACUAGGAUUCAUUUAAGACA